UGUGUUCCAAUCCCAUCAUAUUUCGUUGCGUUUUCCGAGAAGACCAGAUUUUGCCUGAUAAACAUUACAUAAUGGACAAGAAAAUUUUGCUCAUCGUCAUUCUCAUCAACUCUGUCUCAGUGCAAGCCGCGGACAUCUGUCAUCUGCCACCAGAAAAUGGUCCAUGCAAGGCAUAUAUACCCCGCUACUAUUUUGACCCGGCGGUUGGGGAGUGCAAAGAGUUCAUUUAUGGAGGGUGCCAAGGAAAUGAAAACAACUUCAUGACUAAAGAGGCUUGCGAGGCCAUGUGCAUUUUGCCUGAUAAACAUUACAUAAUGGACAAGAAAAGUUUGCUCAUCUUCAUUUUCAUCAGCUCUGUCUUGGUGCAAGCCAAGGAUGUCUGUCGUCUGCCACCAGAAAAGGGUCCAUGCAAGGCACGUGAGCCCCGCUACUAUUUUGACGCGAUGGUUGGGGAGUGCCGAAUGUUCAUUUAUGGAGGGUGCGGCGGGAAUGAAAACAGAUUCAUGACUAAACGAGAUUGCGGGAACAAGUGUUACCGCCGGACAUAA